CAGCACAGUCUCUUCAGACUCACCAAUCUUUUCGGAUUUAUCCUCCAACUACACUACCUCUCACUUACGAAGUUCCCUUUGAAAUAUUCUGCAUCAUCAUGACUCUUGAGGAAGUUCUGAUCCAGAAGUUCGCUGAGCGUGCCCAGUGCACCGGCAACGCACUAGAGGAAGUUUUGCUCUCUGCUAAAGAAAAUGACUGCCUGACGGUUGGUGUCUACGAGUCUGCUAAAGUUAUGAAUGUUGACCCAGACAGCGUGUCUUUCUGCGUUCUGGCCACUGAUGAGGAGUGGGAGUGUGACAUUGCUCUCCAGAUCCACUUCACCCUCAUCCAGUCUUUCUGUUUUGACAACGACAUCAGCAUCGUCAGAGUGAACGACAUGCAGCGCCUGGCCGAGAUUGUUGGGGACAAGACUGGCCAGCUUGAAGAUGCCCACUGCUGUCUUAUCACGAACCCAGCUGAUGGUUCUUGGGAGGACGCUGCUCUGGAGAAGCUGCACCUGUUCUGUGAGGAGAGCCACAGUCUGAACGACUGGGUUCCAGAGAUCACCCUUCUUGAGCGCUGAUCUUGACUCUUCUCUCUUGAGAUGCUGUAAACCUUCAACCUAUAAGGAAAUACUCAUCCGUUUACAGGAUGACACUGUUUCUCAUCCCUGGAUACUCCUGAGGAGGAUUCCGUUCCAGGCAGCGCGAGGCCGGCCCGAGUGGCCCCCGCGAUUCGUUGUCUCUUGUCCGGUCCAUACCAAGAUGACUUCCAUUCUUUAUGUGAAUGAGGUCAGGUAUGCCACGAGAGCGACAAAGAUGGCCCUCAUUCAUUGUGCGGAUGAGGUUUGGAGAGAAAGGAGAAGCGAGUUCUGCAUUUUGUGGUCCAAAGAGCAAACGUCUCACGUUGAAGCACGCGCAGUAGGAGAAGAAGCGGUGCCAAGAAGAAGCGUUCUUAAAAAGGGACUUUUUAAAAUGUCUUCUUGCUGAGCAGCAAUAACAACUGUUGCAUUCAGCGAAAUGUUUCCCACUUUCCAGAAUUGUCUUAAUUCUCUAAAGGUUUCACUUUAGAAAUGUAAUCAUGGCAAAAAAAGAAUAGCCUUUUAAAAAUAUAAGAAAAGGUAUUAACUCCUAGGCCUAAUGCUCUGAAGUUUUGACUUUAGAACGUUUAACGCUGUCAAAACCAAUACACAUUUAAUAAAUUGGGCAACGUAUAAUGCUCUAAGGGUUUCACUUUAGAAUGUGUUUAUUAACUUUGUAAAAAUAAAAAAUAAAGAUAUUAACUUAUAAUGUUCUCACUGUUUAUACUUAAGAACAUUUCAUUAUGUUUAAAAUAAAAAAUAAGACAUAGAUUUAUAAUUCUUUCAAUGUUUAACUUAAGAAAUGUUUAUGAAAAAAAACAAUAACCUAAUAAAACUGCAUAUUAUA